AUGUACUGGAAGCAGCUCGGCAACGAAGCCUACUUCAGCGGCAACUACCCUCGGGCUCUCGAGAUGUACGACAAGGCGAUUUCGAUCGACCCGACCAACAGCAUCUUCUUCAGCAACAAGGCGAAGGUGCUCAAGGUGCUGGGCCGCCUGCCCGAGGCCCUGCAGUUCGCCCAGGAGGCGAUCGAGCUGGACGAGAAGAACUACAAGGGCCAUUUGAUUUCGGGGCAGGUCAUGGCCGAAAUGGGGAAGAGAGACGGCCUGGAGCUGGUGGAGCGGGCUCUGGUGCGCCUGCGCAAGGCCCUCACCCUCUACUCCAGCAAGGCCGGCGAGGACAAGGUGGGCGAAAUCAACAUCUACAUCUACCGGGCCAAGAAGCUCCACUGGAUGAUGCAGUUCGAGGGGCUCAAGGAGGCGCGCAAGGCAGUCGCGCGGGACUACCGCGAGCGGGUCGAGCAGGACACCUCCCUCUCCAAGGAGGAAAAGGACCUCCGCUUGCAGAGCUACAUGCAGGUCAACUCGCACGCAGGGUCGUUCGUGGUGCCGGACCACCUGAUCUGCCAGAUCACCUACGAGCUGAUGGAGGACCCGGUGGUGACGGAGGCAGGGAUCACCUACGAGCGGGAGGCCAUCCAGGAGCACAUCGAGAAGAACGGCUGCACGGACCCGAUCACCCGCAAGCAGAUUUCGGGCAAGCUGUACCCGAACCACGCGAUCAAGAAGGCGGUCAAGGACUUCCUGGAAAAGAACCCCUGGGCCUACGAGCACUCGGAGGGGCAGAGCUACUUGGACAUCUCCUUCUCCUGA